AUGCUGCUCCAAUCGUCGUCACCAGUGCCAUCAACAGCAACAACUGCGCCCCGUCCCCCCCAGCCUGCUUCAGCCCCUCCUGCUGCCUCCAGGUCGCUCUGUGACCUGCUGCUGCCGCAUGUGGCAGGGAAGUUGCAAGCCCUGCUGGUGUCCCUUGUGCGCCUUUGUGCAGCAGACUGGUCCUCCCACCCGCUCCUGCAGCCGUUUAUUGUUGAAGCCCCUGCUUCCCUCGCUGCCUACCCUGCUGGUGCCACUGUUCUCUCCUCCCUCUGCUCUGACCUCUCCUUGCAGCCGCAGCAGCAGCAGCACGAGGAGGAGAAGGAGGAGCAGGAACAGCAACAGCAGCAGCAGCAGCAGCAGCAGCAGCAGCAGCAGCAGCAGCAGCAGCAGCAGCAGCAGCAGCAGCAGCAGCAGCAGCAGGGAGUUCAAAUGCAAUUGAUGGAAGUGCGAACAGCUCUGGAUAUCAUCAGCUUCACUAAACGGCCGUCUCAGACGGAUCUUAUGCCACCGCCCCUUGAGGCACCUCAGAGGCCACCCCACAAGGCCCCCUACAAGGCGCCUCACAAGGCGCCUCUCAUGGCCCCUCACAAGGCCCCUCACAAGCAUAUCGUUCCAGCGCCCUCACGUGAACAUCACAGCUUGGGGUUGACUGAAAGGUUGUCUCAAGGAGGUGUGAUGCCAGCAGCAUCGACAGCGCAUGACACGGGUCGCCUGUACUCCCUGGUGGCCCGGUUCCUGGCAGCAGCGUCGGAGCUGCAGGUGCUGGGGGUUCUGCACCCCAUAAAUGUGGCUCGGUUCUUGGCAGCAGCAUCAGAGCUGCAGGUGCUGGGGGUGCUGCACCCCUCCUCCCGCCGCCGCCUCGUUCCAUGCAUCGGGCCCUGCUGCCUUGACUCAACUUUGGCAUGCU